AAUCAACAAGUUAACAUUUGUUUCAUUUCUUAAACAGGUAAGCAAGUUGAAAAGACACAUUCGUUCACACACUGGGGAGCGUCCUUUUCAAUGCAGCUUGUGCAGCUACGCUAGCAGAGACACCUACAAAUUGAAGAGACACAUGAGAACUCAUUCUGGUGAGAAGCCAUAUGAGUGCUACAUUUGUCAUGCUCGUUUUACUCAAAGUGGGACCAUGAAAAUGCACAUAUUGCAGAAACAUACAGAGAAUGUAGCCAAAUUUCACUGUCCUCAUUGUGAUACAGUUAUUGCAAGAAAAAGUGAUUUGGGGGUUCACUUAAGAAAGCAGCAUUCUUUUAUUGAGCAAGGCAAGAAGUGCCGGUACUGUGAUACAGUCUUUCAUGAGCGAUAUGCCCUGAUUCAGCAUCAGAAGUCUCACAAAAAUGAAAAGCGAUUUAAAUGUGACCAGUGUGAAUAUGCUUGCAGACAGGAGCGUCACAUGAUCAUGCAUAAAAGAACCCACACUGGAGAGAAACCUUAUGCUUGCAGUCAUUGUGAUAAAACAUUCCGCCAGAAACAGCUCCUGGACAUGCACUUCAAAAGAUACCAUGACCCCAGCUUUGUUCCUGCUGCAUUUGUAUGUUCUAAGUGUGGUAAAACAUUUACACGUAGGAAUACAAUGUCAAGACAUGCUGAUAAUUGCACUGGUCCUGAUGGUACAGAAGGUGAAAAUGGAGGAGAUGGGGAGGUGAUACACAAAAAAGGAAAACGUGGAAGAAAAAGAAAAAUGCGUUCCAAGAAAGAAGGUUCAACUGAUAGUGAAGACAAUGCUGAUCCGGACCUUGAUGAUGAGGAGGAAGACGAUGAGGAAGAGGAGGAGCUGCCAGUUGAAAUAGAAGGUGAACAUGAAGCAGAGCAUUCACUUACUCCAAUGCCUCCACCUGCAAAAAAACGUAGAGGAAGACCACCUGGAAAAGCAAGUCAACACAAACAAAUUGCAGCAGUAAUUGAAGUGGAGGAUCAAUCAACAGGGGAUAUCGAAAACAUCAUAGUUCAAGUGAAAAAGGAGUCUGAUAUGGAGGCAGUUGGUGUGAUAGAGGGUCCUCCACCUCCUCCCACAGUAGAAGCUCCAAACGGCGACCUUACUCCAGAAAUGAUUUUGAGCAUGAUGGAUCGGUGAUAAUGGAUAGUUUCACAGCUAUUCUGAUUUAAACCGAUCAGGGCUGUGUUUAAAUGUGUCGUUUCUAUUUUAUGGGGAUUAUUUUUCCAUUUUUGUUGCUUCAUCUUAAUU